AUGGAAUCACAGAAUGCAACGCAUUUCACUGAAUUUCUUCUCCUGGGCCUUUCAGAUGAUCCAGAACUACAACUACCCCUCUUUGGAAUGUUCUUGUCCAUAUACUUGGUCACAGUGCUUGGGAACCUGCUAAUUAUUUUGGCAGUAAGUUCUGACAACCACCUCCACACCCCUAUGUACUUCUUCCUCUCCAACCUGUCCUUGGCUGAUAUUGGCUUCACCUCCACUACAGUCCCAAAGAUACUAAAUGACAUCCACACCCAUCUGAAAAUCAUUUCCUAUGUUGAAUGCCUAGCUCAGUUAUCUUUGUUUAAUUUUUUUGGGUGUAUGGAUAAUAUGCUUCUCACUGCAAUGGCCUAUGACAGGUUUGUGGCCAUUUGUCAUCCCCUGCACUACUCAGUCAUUAUGAACCCCCGCCUCUGUGGUCUGCUGGUUUUGGCAUCUUUUUUUGUCAGUCUUUUGUAUGCCCAGUUUCACUGCCUGAUAGCUUCCCAACUCACCUUCUGUACUUAUGUGGAAAUCCCUAGUUUUUUCUGUGACCCACCACAACUUAUCAAGCUUGCCUGUUCUGACACCUCCAUCAACACCAUAUUACUGAAUUGUAUUGGUGCUAUCUUUGGUGGUUUUCCAGUCUCAUGGAUCCUUUACUCUUACACACGAAUUGUUUCCUCCAUUUUGAGAGUUCCAUCAUCAGGUGGUAGGUAUAAAGCCUUUUCCACCUGUGGCUCUCAUUUGUCAGUCAUUUGCUUAUUUUAUGGAACAGGCCUUGGAGUUUUCCUUAGUUCAGGUGUCUCACAUUCUCCAAGGAGUAGUGCAGUGGCCUCAGUGAUAUAUACUAUGGCCACACCCAUGCUGAACCCAUUCAUCUACAGUCUGCGGAACAGGGAUAUCAAAAGAGCUCUGCAGAAGCUCUUCAGAAGAACAGCUUAUAUUUAA